AGCCCAAGAAAGUAAAAUCUCUCACUGUCUCCAUUUCUUCCCCUUCUAUUUGCCAGGAGGUGAUGGGACCAGUGGCCAUGAUCUUGGUUUUUUUGAUGUUGAGCUUCAGACCAUAUUUUGCACUCUCCUCUUUCACCCUCAUUAAAAGGUUCUUUAAUUGACUGCAGAAUCUAAGCACUUAUUGCUACCGUUUAGCUCACUUUAUCAACAACAGAGCAGACCGUUUUUGCCAUCCAAACCUGACAUUUAAAUGCGCAUGCAUUCCAAAGAUGUGUCUACUUCUAACACCACAGAAGCAGCAUCAGGACUGAAGCAAAGGGGAGCCAAAAAGAGAACUAGCAUGGUAUAAUGAAUGAAUGACAAGUUUACACUCAGGACACUCGCAAAUUUAAUUUCAGGCUAUGAAAACUCCUAAUUCAGGCAGUGACUCAUAACCUGCAUAACAGGGUUGUUUAAGUUAUCCCCCUGGAAUAGAUGUGAAGGAAUGUUAAGCUGGGUGCACAUCAAAAGGUUUAUGUUCUUCCUUCCGAUGCCACUUCCGCUCCUUAAAGAAUCUAGUAGAUGAGCAGACACUGUAAAUCUUUAAUUAAAGGACAGGCGGGUCUGGUUCAACAAGGGCAGGCAUUAGCACUGGUUGGAAAAAAACAAGUACCAUUGGCUUAAACGGUGGCUGCUGGCCUGGUCCUUCUGAAAUCAGGUGGCACUCUGCCCGUGACAACAGGAUUACACUGAACGCAUGCUCAGUUUAGACUAUUGACAUAGCGUGAUGUGGACUGUAACAUUUAAAUGAUGACUCUGAGAACUUGAAAAGAUAGUUAAGAGAGAGCCAACUGGUUUGCCAUAUCCUCCUUGUCCUCCCCCACCCUGGGGAAACCCAUAGCAAAGACUUCUGGAAGUGUGCUGUAACUGUUUAACCAGGUAAGUCAUGGGAAGAAGAGUGGGUUGUACUGAGCUCACAGUUGUGAGUUGUGCUGUUGCUGGGGCAGAAGGUCAGCUCGGCUCUGAAUAAGACCUCCAUCGUGAUCUGAUUUGUGGAGACCAUGGCCAAGAAAGUAGCGAUUGUUGGGGCAGGAGUGAGUGGACUGACCUCCAUCAAAUGUUGCCUGGAUGAGGGGCUGCAGCCCACCUGCUUCGAAAGGAGCGAUGACAUUGGGGGUGUGUGGCGAUUCACGGAGGAUGUCGAGGAAGGAAGAGCCAGCCUCUACAGAUCAGUCGUCAGUAACACAUGUAAAGAGAUGUCAGCUUUUGCUGACUUCCCAUACCCAGAAGAUUUUCCCGUCUUUUUACCACACGCCAAGCUCCUGGAAUAUCUUAGGAUGUAUACAAAACAUUUUGAUCUUCGGAGGCACAUUCAGUUCAAGAGUACCGUGAUCAGCGUAAGGAAGUGCCCCGACUUCUCUGCCACCGGCCAGUGGGAUGUUGUCACAGAGACUGAUGGGAAACAGAACUCCGCCAUCUUUGAUGCUGUCAUGGUUUGCAUUGGUUAUCUCGCCGAUCCCUCAGUGCCUCUCAAGUCUUUCCCUGGUCUAGACAAGUUCAAGGGGCAGUAUUUCCACAGCCGCUACUACAAAAGCCCAGAGGUCUUCAAGGAUAAGAGAGUCCUUGUGAUUGGCAUGGGGAAUUCUGGGACCGACAUCGCCGUGGAAGCAACUCGGACAGCAAAAAAGGUGACGCUCAGCACAGAAAGAGGUGCUUGGGUGAUAAGCCGUGUCUUUGACAAUGGCUACCCAUGGGACAUGGUGUUUCUAACUCGUUUUAUGAACAUUGUUCGAAACAUCCUUCCCGGGCGCUUCACGGGAUGGUUGAUUGAGAGCCGAGUGAGCCGGUGGUUUAACCACGCGAACUAUGGCUUAAUUCCAAAGGACAGGAGGGUGAUGAGAGAACCCUUGUUGAAUGACGAGCUCCCAUCUUGCAUCAUCACCGGGAAGCUCUCUGUUAGGCCCGAGGUGAAGGAGUUCAGGGAAAACGCCGUCGUGUUUGUGAAUGCUCCUGGGGCAGAAGAAGUGGACGUCGUCGUCUUCGCCACAGGAUACAAAGCUUCUUUCCCUUUCAUUGACGAGUCGAUUGUCAAGGUGGAAAACCAGCAGGCUUCCUUGUACAAAUACAUCUUCCCCCCUCGGCUGGAGAAACCGACCCUCGCCUUCAUCGGCUUCCUUAGGCCGCUUGGGGCGGUGAUGCCUGUUGUGGAAACUCAAGCGCGCUGGGUCACACGCAUCUUUAAUGGCUUGUGUAAGUUGCCUCCAGUGACCGAAAUGAUGGAGGAGGUCAACGAAAAGAAGAAAAACAAGCUCAACUGGUUUGGCUUGUCCUUUGACGAGGUUUUGAAAACAGAUUGCCUUGUAUACAUGGACCAACUUGCUUCCUACAUUGGCAUAAAACCGAGUGUGCCAGCCCUCCUUCUCCAAGAUCCAGAACUGGCCCUGAAGAUCUUCUUCGGUCCCUGCUCCGCCUACCAAUUCCGCCUGACUGGACCGGGGAAGUGGGACGGAGCCAGAAAAGCCAUCAUGACUCAGUGGGAGCGGACAGUGAAGCCCACAAGAAUUCGAGUGGUGGAAGACUCUGGAAAUUUCCUCACAUACCUGCUGAAAGUCCUUGCUCUCUUUGCUAUUUUUGUCGGGAUUUUCUUCAGCUUCAAUUAGUUCUGCCAGCUCUACAGCAUUAUUACCUGUAUCUUUCCAGAUGCAAAUGUUCUGCCUACAUGAUACUUCACCUUGCAGAAGGAAGAAAAGAAAGAAGGGCCUUUUCUUAAGUACAUACUCAAAUCUAAAUGUGGACAAUUUGACAUUUUUUAUACCUGAGGGUUAAAAAAAUAUAUAUAAAAUUAAAAUGGAAGCACAAAUCUUUUGACACCUGAACAUGAAAAUGUGCUCUUGUUGGUGCACUAUUUGCACGCUGCUGUGUGCAAUGCACAAAGAAAUUGGCUCUACAUGCUUGGCUAUUAUAAAUGCACAGAAUUAUUAUCAUUUGGACAUUCAUUUACUCAGUGAGACAUAGUGCUCUUUAUCAAAGUUAUGCUGCUCCUUACAUUGAGGGUAUAAGUAGAUCCCUACUAGAGGAUGUCAAAAGUCCAUUUAGUCCAGAAUCUGGUUUUCAACAGUGCCUCAGACGCCUCUGGAAAGCCCACACUCAGGUCCCAGAGGUAGAAACCCUCCCUGUGGAUUGCUGCCUUCCCUGCAAAUGGUAUUUAUGCUGUCUCUGUGGUGAAGGUUUUCUUUAAGUAUUCUGCUUAAUAGUCCCUGGGUGCUUCCACAGAACCUGUUUAUUGAACAUUCAUUCUGAUCUAUUCGUAAGGAGAUUAGGCAUCGUUAGCUAUUUAAUGAACCUUCAUUCUGAUCCUGAAGCUGAGGCUCCAGUACUUUGGCCACCUGAUGAGAAGAGAAGACUCCCUGGAAAAGACCCUGAUGUUGGGAAAGAUUGAGGGCACUAGGAGAAGGGGACGACAGAGGAUGAGAUGGUUUGACAGUGUUCUCGAAGCUACGAACAUGAGUCUGACCAAACUGCGGGAGGCAGUGCAAGACAGGAGUGCCUGGCGCACUAUGGUCCAUGGGGUCACGAAGAGUCAGGCACGACUAAACGACUAAACAACAUUCUGAUUUAUUAUUAUUAUUUUGAAGGAAGCUUAGAUGACGUUACGUCAAAGCAGAUGUCACUGCACACUUUCCAGCGCAAUUCCCGAUCACUUUCCUUAUUUGCAAAGUUUGAUCUUUUGAGGAAGCAGGUAUGUUGUGCAAGACUUCCAAAUCAACUUCCACCGUGUGACCUGAAUUUGCCAGUAUGUGAUCGAAUCCCACUUGAAAAUAGGGACAGUCUGGAAGCGCCCAUUCACAGGCCUCUCCUCCGUGAAUUUGUCUAAUCAUUUUUUAAAAGUCACCUGAAACAUCUUAGAGAGCAAGGUGCAUGAUUAUCUGAGAUUUGCACCCGAGUCCUCUUUCACCCAAACAAAAUAUCAUAGCCCUGGUGGAUUCAUAGCACUAGGGCUUGUCAAUUAUACAGCUAUGCCUUUGCAAAUUUGCUCUGUAAAAAAAGAAAGAAAAAGUAUUGACAACUUUGAAUAUCAUAAUAACAUGUUCUAUCGCAGAUAUUUCAGCUUCAGUUCAAAAUGACAGGUACAGAAUGAAAAAAAUAAUGGGGCUUAAUAUAUUACUACAUAGAAAAACCAGAUGUUAAAACAGAUUAUUUUAUUAUAUAGUCAAAAGAAUUACGCUUGUUUAAAUUAUAUUGAUAUUUCCAUCGAUCAAUAAAUGGCAAUGAAUAUAAUUCAAAGGUUUGCUUUCCUUUUCCCCUGCCUUAACUGGUCACUUCAGCAAUUUUAUGUGGUUUAUGUCUCCUUUGGGGGUAGGAACCACAGGAACGUGCCAUUUAGCAACAACUAAUUGCAUAUGUUAAGAAGUUUCAAAGCAGGACUUGCUGAUUUUAUAAAUAUGUUUAAAUUUCACAGCAAAAUAUUUUAAUGGAUUCAAUGGGGGAUAUAAUCAUCCUUAACCCUUACAGAAGCUGUUUUUUCUUUCAGCACUCAUGUUUUUUGAUAUACAGUGGUACCUCGGUUUAUGAACACAAUUGGUUCCGGAAGUCUGUUCAUAAACUGAAGCAUUCAUAAACUGAAGCGAACUUUCCCAUUGAAAGUAAUGGAAAGUGGAUUAAUCUGUUCCAGACGGUCCGCGGGGUACUUAAAUUGAAGCAUUCAUAAACUGAAGCGAACUUUCCCAUUGAAAAUAAUGGAAAGUGGAUUAAUCCGUUCCAGAUGGGUCUGUGGAGUACUUAAACUGAAGCGUUCAUAAACUGAAGCAUGGGUGUAAUUGGUUCCGGAAGUCUGUUCAUAAACUGAAGCGUUCAUAAACUGAAGCGAACUUUCCCAUUGAAAGUAAUGGAAAAUGAAUUAAUCCGUUCCAGAUGGGUCCGCGGUGUUCAUAAACCGAAAAUUCAUAAACCGAGGUGUUCAUAAACCGAGGUUCCACUGUAUAUAAAUCAAAUAUAUAUAAAUUAAAAUCACCAUCAGCCACUGGUAUAGCAGUGCCAGUUCUUUUUUUCUUUUUUUUUUAACCAAACUAUAUUCUGUUAUCCUGGAGAGAGAAAAUAAUAUAUUAAUUCUAUUAAAAAUGUUGAACAUAAUUUACAUUCCUGGAUCCAGGAAUUUAGGAGAGUUGAGCACACACCCCCACAUAACAUUAUUGUUUUCCAGGUAUUUUUUUGGAGCUGGAGGAUUCCAGGCAUUCUGAUUGCACAGCAAUUGCACAUUUAAAAAGUGUGAACUUUAUUUGCUUUGUGAAUCCAGUCCCCUUUAGUUGCAGCUAAGGGAAGAGAAAAGGGAGAAACUAUUAAUUUAGGCUGCAGCAAGGAGAUCUGUUGGGCAGGCUCAACUUAGAGAAAAAGGAGGCAUAUUUCUUUGGGGGA